AAACGGCAAUUGCCACGCACGCACACAGGUUUAUGUCUUCCCUCUUUCUUCUUCUCACUUCUUCGUCUCUUUCGGUUUCACUGUGAGUCUCAGUCACCACACAUGGACCACGAAUUCUCCAUGGACGAUCUAUUUCAGCUCGUCGAAGCAGCCAACGAUUUUGCUACCUACCCUGGGGUGCAAAGCGAUGAUUCCGCUAGAGACUUUCUCAACCGUUUCCCUCUUCCUCUCAUAAUCAAUGCGUUACAGACCCAAUAUGAUGUGCCUGGCCUAGAGAAUACUCUAGUUGCAUGCCUUGAGGGGUUGUUCAAAACCAAGUUGGGUGCUUCUUUGAUUCCACAGUAUAUGUCAUUUGUUCAAGUUGGUCUACAAGCAGAUUCUCAACCAGUCCGAUCCUUAGCCUGCAAAACAGUCACUUGCCUUAUAGAGAAUCCUGGCAGUGAUUGGAAGACUGUUGCUCGUUUAAUUACAGACUUCAACAUAUAUCCUCUGUUGAUUGAUUGCCUUAUCAAUGGCAAUGAGCAAGUGGCAGCUGCUGCAAUGGAAGCAACGAAAAUGUUAGCAGGUUUUCCUGAAGGCAUGGAAAUUAUUUUUCCAUCUGCCAAAGGAGUUGACUCAGACCUCGGGGCUAUAGCGUCACGGUGUUCAUCACUGGGUCGAGUUCGGAUAAUGGCUUUAGUGGUGAAACUAUUUUCUGUAUCUAGGUCUGCUGCAUCUACCAUUUACAGUUUGAAUCUACUUAAAUUGUUGGAAGCAGAAAUAAAAAAUGCAAAUGAUACCCUCGUAACUUUAAGUGUUUUGGAGCUUCUGUAUGAGUUAGCAGAGAUUGAGCAUGGCACAGAAUUUCUGUCAAAGACUAGCAUCCUUCAAUUACUUUGUUCUAUAAUUAGUGACAAUUCUGCGGAAUCUAUUUUAAGAUCGCGAGCAAUGAUGAUAACUGGAAGACUUUUGUCUAAGGAAAUUAUAUACUCCUUCAUAGAUGAAUCUUGUGCUAAAACUGUUAUUUCAUCUAUUGAUGGUAAACUUCAGUCCUUGGAAACAUCUGAUAGGGAUGAAUGCGAAACUGCACUUGAAGCAUUUGGUCAAAUAGGAUCAACUUUUGAAGGAGCUAGACUACUACUCUUGGGUUCACAACCUCCAGCUAGACAUGUUACUUGUGCUGCUUUUGAUCGACAAGGACCACAAGGGCAUGGUAGACAACUGGCUGCAUUGCAUGCUCUAGGAAACAUAUCUGGAGAGACACGGUCUGAGAACAUUAUACUCGAUGCUGAAGCUGAAGAAAACCUACGACGCAUGGUCUAUGAGGCUGCAUCCAAGAGCUCAAAGCUGACUCCAUCGGGUCUAUUUCUGUCUGUUCUGCAUCAGGAUUCGGAAAUACGCUUAGCGGCCUAUAGAAUGAUUAGUGGAUUAGUUGCCCGACCAUGGUGCUUGAUGGAGGUAUGCUCGAAACAAGAGAUCAUAAAUAUAGUGACCGAUCCAAGUACCGAAACCAAAAAAAUAGGCAUGGAAGCCAGAUAUAACUGUUGCAAGGCAAUACACAAAUCAUUGAUGAUGUCUAGCAGAGUUUCCAGUGAUUCUGCUUUUGCGGGUAUAGCUACAAAGUUGCAGGAAGCUGUGGAAAAGGGUCCUUAUCUGAUUAAGAAGCAGGUCGAAGCUCAGCCUGUAGUGAUGACGGCUGAGAGAUUUUAGAUUUACAUCAUGGAGAUUUUAGUUUUAUACCAUAGUUUUAUAGAACAGAACUUUUUUGUUUAGUGUUGGAACGUAGAGUAUGUUGGCUAUUGCUUAAUUUCUGGAAUAGACUGUAUAUCUUCGCCUGUGCCCAGUAGUAUGUUAGAAAUGUCUAACUAUUUUAUCAGAUUUUUUUCAUCAACAAUUUGCGCUUGAAACGGUUUCUAAUAUUUUUAACUGAUCAUGUUGCCGACCUACACUCCAAAAAUUAUGUGCUCUUUGGUUCAAAGAAUGUUACUGUCCAAAACGA